AUGGGGGAAGUGACGAACCGCGCCACGACCGCGGCGAUCGCCGUCGGGGCGGCCGCCGCCCUCGGCCUCUCCUACCUGGCGCACGGCUGGUACAGAUCGCGCCGAUCGCCCCGCGUUCUCGUGCUCGUCAGCGGCACCCUGCAGGACGGGUUCCCCCUGCGUCGCAACCUGGACGCGCCGGGGGCGCCCGCCGAGUUUGUGGGGUGGGCGCUCGUCCGAGGGGUGAAGAUGUACCUCGACCCGAAGCCGCGCGGAUGCCGAGAGUGGGUCGACCCGGAGAGCGGGGAGAGGCAGAGGGUGAAUCCGGCGCUCGUGUGCACAGGCGACCCGAAGGACGCCAACGUGUACGCGUGCUACGCCGUGUCCGAGGGCGCGUGCCUCCGCGCGCUGCUGGGCGAGCCGAGGAUGCUGGGAAUGACCCCGGACACCGCGCUCGUCGACCUCCGCGCCGAGGAAACCUCUCGCGCGCUCGCGUCGUUCCUCGCGGGGCAGGCGAGGCGGUGGUGGGAAAAUUCCACCCCCGCAUUCGGCGACGUCGCGGUCACGGAACGCGGAACGCUGGACGAAGGUCGAGUCGCGAUGCUCACGGUGGUGGCACACAGGGUACCCCACGGCGCCGUCCCGGUCGAGCCCGCGUACGUCAAGGACGACGGCACCAGGGUGACCUCCUUCGCGCCGUGUCUGAAGCGCUUCGGCGGCGGGUUCGAGUUGGGAACGAGGGCGCACGAGCUCGGGCUGGAGGAGGCGAUUCGGAAGUGGCAGCGAAGGAUGGACCCAGGGGACGGAACCCGCGGUGACUCGCUGUACGGGGCGGCGCCGGAGACGUUCAGGAUGAACUACGCCGUCACCGCCGGGGAGGUGGCGCGGACUUUCUCGUCAAAGAGGGUGGCGGCGUGA